UGCGCAUUUCGACAGGUGGUGGAGGCUGUUUCCGGGCUUAGGGGGCUGGAGCUGCUGCCGAGUAAGAGGCGGUGUUGGCGGCGGCCGGAGAGCGCUGAGUGCGGGCUUGGGGGGCCAGGCCCUGCGGAGGACAGGGGAAGUUAUCUUUUCUUUCCCGACGGGGCCGGUGGAGCCGGUGGCUGAGCGGCAAGAUGAAUUUCCUCCGCGGGGUUAUGGGGGGUCAGAGUGCCGGACCCCAGCACACAGAAGCUGAGACGAUUCAAAAGCUUUGUGAUAGAGUAGCUUCAUCUACUUUACUGGAUGAUCGAAGAAAUGCUGUGCGUGCUCUCAAAUCAUUAUCUAAGAAAUAUCGCUUGGAAGUGGGUAUUCAAGCUAUGGAACAUCUUAUCCAUGUUUUACAAACAGAUCGUUCGGAUUCUGAAAUAAUAGGUUAUGCUUUGGACACACUGUAUAAUAUAAUAUCUAAUGAUGAAGAAGAAGAAGUAGAAGAAAACUCCACAAGACAGAGUGAGGAUUUGGGAAGCCAGUUUACAGAAAUUUUCAUUAAGCAGCAAGAAAAUGUCACUCUUCUGUUAUCUUUAUUAGAGGAGUUUGAUUUCCACGUCCGCUGGCCUGGUGUGAAACUUCUUACUUCUCUUUUAAAACAACUAGGGCCUCAAGUGCAGCAAAUUAUUUUAGUCAGUCCUAUGGGUGUUUCAAGGUUGAUGGACUUAUUAGCGGAUUCCAGGGAAGUUAUACGUAAUGAUGGCGUCUUACUACUACAGGCACUAACAAGAAGCAAUGGAGCAAUCCAGAAAAUUGUUGCUUUUGAAAAUGCUUUUGAGAGACUACUGGACAUUAUUACCGAGGAGGGGAACAGUGAUGGAGGUAUAGUAGUGGAAGAUUGUCUGAUUUUGCUUCAAAACCUGUUAAAAAACAACAAUUCCAAUCAAAAUUUUUUUAAAGAAGGCUCAUAUAUUCAGCGUAUGAAACCUUGGUUUGAAGUUGGAGAUGAAAAUUCAGGCUGGUCCGCACAGAAAGUGACUAAUCUGCACCUAAUGCUACAGCUUGUUCGUGUACUGGUUUCUCCAAAUAACCCUCCCGGUGCUACCAGUAGCUGCCAAAAAGCUAUGUUCCAGUGUGGCUUACUGCAGCAGCUUUGCACCAUCCUAAUGGCCACUGGAGUUCCUGCUGACAUCCUGACUGAGACCAUUAAUACUGUAUCAGAAGUUAUUCGAGGCUGUCAAGUAAACCAAGACUACUUUGCUUCUGUAAAUGCACCUUCAAACCCACCAAGACCAGCCAUUGUAGUACUUCUUAUGUCCAUGGUUAACGAAAGGCAGCCAUUUGUAUUGCGCUGUGCUGUUCUCUACUGUUUCCAGUGUUUCUUAUAUAAAAAUCAGAAAGGACAAGGAGAAAUUGUGUCAACACUUCUGCCUUCCACUAUUGAUGCAACAGGUAAUUCAGUCUCAGCUGGUCAGUUGUUAUGCGGAGGUUUAUUUUCUACUGAUUCACUUUCAAACUGGUGUGCUGCUGUGGCCCUUGCCCAUGCUUUGCAAGAAAAUGCUACCCAGAAAGAACAACUGCUCAGGGUUCAACUUGCUACAAGUAUUGGCAACCCUCCAGUUUCUUUAUUGCAACAGUGCACCAACAUCCUUUCACAGGGAAGCAAAAUACAGACAAGAGUUGGGUUACUAAUGUUGCUUUGUACCUGGCUUAGCAACUGCCCCAUUGCAGUAACACAUUUUCUUCACAAUUCAGCCAAUGUUCCCUUUCUUACAGGACAAAUUGCAGAAAAUCUUGGAGAGGAAGAACAGUUGGUCCAAGGCUUAUGUGCUCUUCUGUUGGGCAUUUCGAUUUACUUCAAUGAUAACUCACUUGAGAGCUAUAUGAAAGAGAAACUAAAACAACUGAUAGAGAAGAGGAUUGGCAAAGAGAAUUUCAUAGAGAAACUAGGAUUUAUUAGCAAACAUGAGUUGUAUUCCAGAGCAUCUCAGAAACCCCAGCCAAACUUCCCCAGUCCAGAAUACAUGAUAUUUGAUCAUGAGUUUACAAAGCUGGUAAAAGAACUUGAAGGUGUGAUAACUAAGGCUAUUUAUAAGUCCAGUGAAGAAGAUAAACAAGAAGAAGAGGUGAAGAAAACACUAGAGCAGCAUGACAGUAUUGUGACUCACUACAAAAAUAUGAUUCGAGAGCAAGAUCUGCAACUUGAGGAAUUGAAGCAGCAGAUUUCUACGUUAAAAUGUCAAAACGAACAGCUCCAGACAGCAGUCACACAGCAAGUAUCUCAGAUUCAGCAACACAAGGAUCAGUAUAAUCUUCUUAAAGUACAGCUAGGAAAAGACAAUCAGCAUCAAGGUUCUUACAGUGAUGGGGCUCAGAUGAAUGGUAUUCAGCCAGAAGAAAUUGGUAGGUUGCGAGAAGAGAUAGAGGAAUUAAAAAGUAAGCAGGAGCUUUUACAAAGCCAACUGGCUGAAAAGGACGCUUUCAUUGAAAAUUUGAAAUCGUCCCAAACAUCACCUGGCACAAAUGAACAGUCUUCAGCGACAGCUUCAGCAAGAGAUUCUGAACAAAUUGAAGAAUUAAAACAGGAACUGGCAACAUUAAAGUCUCAGUUAAACUCACAGUCUUCUGAGAUCACCAAACUACAGACAGAAAAGCAGGAGCUGUUACAGAAAACAGAAGCAUUUGCAAAAUCAGUUCCUAUACCAGGAGAGAGUGAAACUGUAAUAGCUACAAAAACUACUGAUGUAGAAGGAAGACUGUCAGCAUUAUUACAAGAAACUAAAGAAUUAAAGAAUGAAAUUAAAGCUCUGUCUGAGGAAAGAACUGCUAUUAAAGAGCAGCUGGAUUCAUCUAACAGUACCAUUGCCAUUUUACAAAAUGAGAAAAACAAGCUUGAGGUGGACAUUACAGAUUCUAAAAAAGAACAAGAUGAUCUCUUGGUGCUGUUGGCUGAUCAGGAUCAGAAAAUAUUUUCAUUAAAGAAUAAACUCAAGGAACUUGGUCAUCCAGUUGAAGAAGAGGAUGAACUUGAAUCCGGAGACCAAGAUGAUGAGGAUGAUGAAGAUGAAGAUGACAGCAAGGAACAGGGUCAUAUCUAGCUUUACAAUCUCUAGGAAUGAUAGGGGUUACAUUGUAACUUUGAAGACGGAGUCUUAAGACAGUGCUUUGGUUUGCCUCCACAGGAAGUAAAGAUUUAGAAACCAAGUGGCAGACAUUCACUAAUACAACUAUUGAUGUAUUUUUAAAAUGAAGCCACCACCCAUGUUGAUAAUCCUGUUAUUCUGACUUCAUGUAGAACACACAUCUUUUAUUGAACUGGACUGUCCCAAAAUAUAAUUUGCAAAGAGCUUCAGACACCAAAAAUAUAAUAUUUUCAGGCAUGUGGUGGCAAUGCUCUUUGCCUUUAGUUCAUUGGUUGUUUAUAUAAGUUCUGUAUUUGUCUGCUAUUUUUACUUUUCAGAAUUUGUGACUUUAAAUACUAACACGAUUGAUUUAAUGUGUGUUGGAAUCACUGUUUCUAAAUUCAGUAUUGGAGUUCUUAGCUAAUGAUUUCCUUUUAAAGGAAUGGAUUUACUUAAAGGCAAGAUAGCAUUAUUCUGGGGGAUAAUAUAUCAUCAGCCCUCCAUCCAAUGUGACUCCUAAGGUGAGUAGGAUAGGACAAUGUAGAAUGAGUGCCUUGACACUUGAUAUGGCUGCAUUCUGAACCUCAGUGAAGAAGGAUAUUAGCACACAGUGAAGAGGAGGGUGUUUCUGAGAAACUUCUGCGACAGUGUAUCAGCAUGUGUUUGGUUUUGGUUUUAUUUUUAAGCUAAACAUUAAAACAGAUUACAAGUUAACAGCUCAUACAGCUCAGAAUUAGUAUUAUUGUUUGAUUAUUAUAAAACAUAUUAUGUUCCUAGUUUUACAAAGAUCCAAACUAUGGUUUAUAUAAUUUAUUGGCAUUUUUGCUGAAUAGGUUUAAGUCAGAUAAUAGAUUUUUAAAAAGCAAUGAAGCGAUGUGUCAAACUUUAAUGUUUUCGUAAUAAAAAUAGAUAUUAUGUUCACCUAAUCCCUCGUCAUGGUUCCCUUUUUUAGAUUUUGAGAGUAGUAGUCUUUGUACAAGAUGAGGCAGAGGGAAGUGGUGAAAGGAGUCCUUCUCUUACUAAAAGGACUUUGCUAUAACUGCAUGAUAACAGCAAUCUUAUCAUUUACAGCCAAUAAUCAGGAUUCCGUAAGAUCGGAGGGGGCUAAUUGGAACAAAAGCAGAAGUUGGAGAAGGGUUUGGAUGUUUCUAAAUUGAGCAUUGGAGUUCUUUCUUCACAAUAUUUCUAUUUAAAGAAGUAGGCUUUCUUAAAGGCAAGACAGCAAGAGUUGGGGCAUUAUGUAUAUCAUCUGCCUCCUGGCUUCAGGAAUCAUUUGAGCAGUCCACUAAGGGGCACAGACUUUUGAAAGAAGUAUCUUCGUAUGUCUUGAAAGGGGAGAUGGCUGUGUGUUACAGAGCACCCGUGAAUACUGCACCGCGCCCCUGCCUAAUCCCACCGCUGCCAUGCCAUCCUGAGAUGGCAUCUGCCGUCAGAGAACCACAUGAUUUUUACUGGACCAGCUCAGACCGUGUGAAGUUUUCCUAAACUUGACACCACGUAGUGAACAUUUCAGGCUAAUGUUACAAGGAUAAGGAAAAAUGUGUCAAGUAAGAGUAAUACUUCCAGAAAUAAUGGAAUACCAAAUAUCUUCAGAAAGAAACAUCUGCAAAAUCAGUGAUAGUUUGCCAAAGUUCAGUCACUCAGGCUGGCUUGGAGUAGAGAAGACACAAGAAGACCUCAAAACUGCACAGUCCAGCCUGGAGCCCAAACGGACACCUUCCUAACAUAGGUGUAGUUUUUUGGGUUUUGUUUGUUUGUCUGUCUGUCUUCGCCUGGAUUGCUUCUGGAGCCUCCUAAACUGGUCUCUGCGCCUCCAUAUUGCCGCCUCUGCAGGUUGCGGCCUCUGCAGGCCGUCCUCCAUAUUCACUACAAUAAGCUUUCUGAAAUGCGGAUAGGAGCCAAAGAGAUUGCAGUUGCCUACUGUUUGGAGCCCUUAGCCAUGUGGAUAAGACUCUUUGUGCUCUACCACUAUCUAGUUUAGCUCCCUUCAAGUAUACUUUAGAACCAUACCAAGAUAUUUGCCAUCAUGGCAUACAUCCCGCUUUUUCAUUUCUCACUUCGCUUUUGCACGUGUUCUUUCCUCUGCCCAUUUGUCAGCCCUCACAUUAAAGGCUAUUUCCAUGUAUUGAGAGCUAUAACAGUGGAGCAGUCAUGAAGCACAAAGCAUAUUUGUCCUUAUUUGAAGUUUUAUUCAAGUGUAGUUUACACUUCUAGCACAUUGGAAAGGAAAGAAUAAUCCAAGGUUACUACAAAAGGUAAAAGUAACAGCUCACAUUUUAGAGUCUUAAGUUACUACUUUGAAAUUAUGCUGAGAGAAGAUCAAACCCUUGUUUGAAAGUUUUGUGGUUUUUUUUUUUUGUGGCCAGGUAAGGGCCUCAUAACGUUCAUCAGAACCAAAAUCUUUACUGUUACAGCAAAAUGUAUUAAUUCAUUCAAUGAAUAUUUACUGAGUGUAUAAUGUGCUGAGUACUGCUUGUAGGCACUGGGGAUAUGAAUGAGACAAAGUCCCUUCCUCAUAUAACUUACGUUCUGGAGGAGAAAACAGUAAACAAGUACAUAAGCCCAUGUCAAAUGCUUUGUAGCUUCUGGAAGGGAGCUUGCAUUAACCAGAGGAGCAAUUAGAUCUGAUUUGUAUUCAUAGAUUACUUUCUCCACUAGGUCGAGAAUUGUCUAUGGGGAGGAGGCCAAGAAAGAAAGCCAGGGGACUAGGUAGGAAGCUAUUGGCCCCAUCUAAGCAAAAGCAGAUGUAGUUCAGACUGCACUGUGGGGGUGGAGGUGUCUAAAGUGGUAGGAUUUGGGAUACAUUUUACAGGUAGAGCUGAGAGGGUUCGUUGAUGAAUUGCAUGUGUCUGGGGAGUAGAGGAGCAAGACAAGAAUUAACUCCUGGGGGAAGGCGGGAGGAACAGGUUUGGGGUGAGAUCUAGAGUUGUGUGUUAGGCUUGCUAAAUCUGAGACCCAAGAAGAUAGAUUUGUACUAAUAGAUAGAUGUUCAGUAGGCAGUUUGGAGCUCAUUUGUGUUGGAAAAAAUAGUGUAGAGAUGGAAUUUAAGUCCACCCAGUAGGAUAAGUUCUUAUGGGGAGUGAGUGUAGAGAGAAGGCAGCCAAGAACUGAGCCUUUGGGCAAUUCAGCCUUCAGUGGUGGGGAUGGAGCUUAAGAAAUAUUAAAUGAGUAACGAAAUCAUCUUACUCCAGAGCAAAUUGGAGCCUUGGAAUUAAGGGGAAAACUGAGCAAGCUCUGACCUUUAAACUGAUUUCCUACUGCAAUUUUGGAAAAUGAAAACUUAAUUCUUUUCAAACAGCUUUAGUGAAACACAUUAUUCUAUUAACGUAGACUAGUUCUUUACUAGUGAACCUAAUUAAACUGUGGGUUUUUUUGUUUGGUUGGUUUUUGUUUUUGUUUGUUUGUUUUGAGGAAUCUGUCUUCUAACCAAAUAGAAGAUAUUUAUCUAAAUAAAAUAUCUGUUUACAAUUACAUUAUAUCCUUUGAGAGGUUUUAUUUUAAUGCAAGUUAUUUUAUCAAAUUGUGCCUUUUGUGGGUUAGUGACUUGCUUCCCUUCCAGAAACUCUAAAGUUAUUCUUGCAGUUUUUCUAUGUCUACAACUCAGAAACUUUAGGAUUUUCUAUAACCUUUCAAAAUGAAAAUUAAAAUGUUUCCAGAGAGGGCUUCCCUGGUGGCGCAGUGGUUGAGAGU